CGGGUUUCCGGUUCUUUCCCUAUUUAUCUUCCCCUAAGUAAAUUACUCCCCUCUCUUUCACAGAGUCAACUGAGAAGUUUGGUCGACGGAGGAUUUUGGUUGUUGCCGUCAACAACUAUUCGCUAAGAAAAGAGAUUUCAUCUGUUUCUGAUCCUAACAUACCUGGCAGGCAGAGUGCUUCACUUCAUAAAUCUCAGCUAGUGGAGAAGCUAUGGGCGGUGAAGUUAGGCAACUUCUCGAGCAGAUACACAGGUUUUCUAGGAGAUGUUUGUUCAGAGUCCUAUCUAUGGGUCCUUUGCCCACCCACCUCGCCUUUAUCAUGGAUGGGAACCGCAGGUACGCUAAGAAGCGCGGUCUAGAAGACGGGUCAGGCCACAAAGCCGGGUUCUCCACCCUUAUGUCGAUGCUGCAGUACUGCUACGAGCUGGGUAUCAAGUACGUGACCAUAUACGCGUUCAGCAUAGAUAACUUCAGGAGGAAGCCUGAGGAGGUUCAGUCUCUGAUGGAUUUGAUGUUGGAAAAGAUCAAGUCUUUGCUUGAUGAAGAGAGCAUCGUGCAUGAGUACGGGAUACGGGUUUAUUUUAUCGGUAACUUGGGGCUUUUAAACGACCAAGUGAGAGCUGCUGCGGAGGAAGUCAUGAAGGCCACGGCUAAGAAUAGUAGAGUGGUGCUUCUUGUCUGCGUUGCUUAUAACUCGACGGAUGAGAUCGUUCAAGCUGUCAAGAGAUCUUGUGUGGACAAGGCAGAUAGGGAUGUGGAGAGGAUUCAGUUGGUGGAUAUUGAGGAGAAUAUGCAGAUGAGCGUGGCGCCGGAGCCUGAUAUACUGAUCAGGAGUUCGGGAGAGACGAGGCUGAGCAACUUUCUUUUGUGGCAAACAGGUAACUCUCAGCUCUUCUCUCUGGAUGCUCUGUGGCCUGAGAUUGGACUGAGGCAUCUGGUGUGGGCUAUAUUGAACUUCCAGAGAAGCCAUUCAUACUUGGAGAAGAGGAAGAAACAGUUGUAGCUGUCUUCAUCUUUCUUUUGGCUUUUGUUUUUUUUUUGGUCAUGUGAUGGUAUACUAUCAAAACGGAAACUUUGGAUAAACAUAGAACAUGCAAUGUAUUUUACACACAACGAAACGCUCGUUUGGAAUGUUUUUUGAUUGAUCA